ACAUGCUUCAAUCUCUUUCCUUUGCUUUCUCUCUCAAAAAAGAAACUGAAACUCUCUCUCUCUCUUUAUAAAUACACAUACUUGCUUUGGAACCUUUUCACAAACACGUAAAUGCGGUUUUCUGCACGUUUGGAAUCACUGCUAACACAAGGCUGAAGCCAAUUGUUUGUCUGAUGUGGGAUAGAUUAAUAGUUGGAACCUUGCCCUGUUAUAGUUCAAAUUCAGAUGAGAUCUGUUGCCAUUUGCCUUUCAAUGUUGCAAGCCCCCAGAGGUGGAAUCCAUGGCUUAGCUAAUUUUUGUUGGGAAAGCUUCCACAGUUUAAGUGGACGUCGUGUAAACAGUUCAAGCUUCAAGCUGCUUGCUUCGAAAACCUAUGGGCUUGAAGGAGGUUACAGUCGGAGAUGGAUUAGAAGGCCUGUGACAACAAAAAUAGACGGAAGAAACAAGACUAACCGGAACACUAAACCUAGCAACCUUGUGCAUGAAAUUUUAGAUGAAAAAGUUUCAACAAGCAGCUCUACAUUGAAUUUAAACAAAACAGAAGUAAGUGAAAGUCAACAGCUUCAGUACAGUGGUAUUCAACAGAUGAUUGCAGAGAACAAAGACUUAGCCAGCCUUGUGACAUUUAUCAUUUAUGAUACCGAGACUUCAGGUCUUAGCAGAAAAGAAGACCGAAUAAUUGAGAUAGCUCUUCAAGAUCUGUCAGGAGGCGAAAACAGUACAUUCCAGACAUUGGUUAAUCCUGGACGCUAUGUUCCUAAUUCUCAUGUGCAUGGCAUUACAACCAACAUGGUCUGCAGACCUGAUGUCCCAAGGAUGGAGGAACUAAUACCAAUCUUGCUGCAGUUUGUUAAGAGCCGUCAGAAGCCUGGGGGUUAUGUGUUGUGGGCUGCUCACAAUAGUUUUGCUUUCGAUUUACCCUUUCUGAUCAAUGAAUUUAGCCGUUGCUCUUAUGAGAUUCCUUCAAAUUGGUUGUUUAUGGACACCCUUUCUCUCGCACGUGAAUUGAUGAAGUCUGGAGGAUCCAACCUCCCAUCAGGAACAUCCCUACAAGCACUUCGUGAGCACUACAAAAUUCCGUUAGUUGGUUCAGCUCACAGAGCCAUGUCUGAUGUAAGGACCUUAUCACUGGUUCUACAGAUGUUGACGUUUGACUUGAAACUCUCACCUUCAAACCUCGUGACAAGAUCUUCCACAGUCUUAGACUAUAUCAACAAUAAAAGGAAAAAGAAUUCAGGCUAGUUUCAAGUUGUUCUUUUAUAUCCUGUAUUUAAUUAUUUACUGUAAUUCUUAACCCAUUCUUACCAAUAAAAUGCUAAGCUGCAUUUUUCCAUUCAA